CUGGACUCAGAUAGCGACAGAUGUCUAGAAAACUGCGAGGGGCGCUCCACGGCUGCAACAACCUCCCAGACUGCACCUCGAGCAGAGAGAGAGAGAGAGAGAGAGAGAGAGAGAGAGCUAGAGAGAGCGAGAGAGAGAGAGAGAGAGCAGGGGCGGAAUCUGCAGCUGUCACUCUCAAGGUUUACCUCCAUUAUCACAUCCAGCCUGCCUGAAGAGAGAGGGAGAGCGAGGGAGAGAGGGAGCCUGGAGAACAAGUCCUGCUGAUCACUACAUAGACAAACAGGAGACACAUCAUGGGAAACAAAAUUAGCCGGAAGAAGAAGGGAUAUGAUGUGAGCGACCCGAAAGAAGCGAAGGAUGAGAUCGCGGCGUUAGCUGCUCAUGCAGAGGAAUCGGCUAAAGUGAAGGAUGGAGCCCUGGCCACAGGAGCUGAGGUGAUAACUGAGGCCAACAAUGUGGUGAAGGAAGCUGCGGCGUCGGCUGUGGCAGCAGUAACUGAAGCUGCAGCGGCUCCAGAAGAGCCCAAAACUGCACCUCCAGAAGAACCAGCUGCUGUAGCACAAGAGGAGGCUGCUCCAGUACAGGAAGUAGUCGCCCCAGCAGAGGAAGCUGCUCCAGUUGCAAAAGAACCUGCUGCUGCUGCAGAGGAAGCAGCUCCAGUCGCAAAAGAACCUGCUGCUGCUGCAGAGGAAGCAGCUCCAGUCGCAAAAGAACCUGCUGCUGCUGCAGAGGAAGCAGCUCCAGUCGCAAAAGAACCUGCCGCUGCAGCAGAGGAAGCAGCUCCAGUCAUAGAAGAACCCGCUUUAGUAGCAGUGGAAUCUGCUCCAGUUGCAGAAGAACCAGCUGCAGCAGCAGUGGAAACAGCUCCAGUCAUAGAAGAACCCGCUUUAGUAGCAGUGGAAUCUGCUCCAGUUGCAGAAGAACCAGCUGCAGCAGCAGUGGAAACAGCUCCAGUCAUAGAAGAACCCGCUUUAGUAGCAGUGGAAUCUGCUCCAGUUGCAGAAGAACCUGCUGCAGCAGCAGUGGAAACAGCUCCAGUAGUUGAAGAACCAGUUGUAAUAGCUGCCCCAGCAGCAGAAAAAAUGGUUCUGGCAGUGCAAGAGUCAGCCCCAGUAGAGCUCCCAGAGGCCGUUGCAGCAGCAGCAGAGGAACCUGUGCAAAGUGAAGUUGAACCUGAGCCUGCAGCUGCAGCUGCACCUGAAGUCCUCCCUGUAGAAGUACCCGCUGUAGUUGUGGAAUCUGUGCCAGAAAUAGAGGUUAUUCCUGCCAUCACAGAGGAAGCACCAAAGGAACAAGAGCCAGAGGCCAUCCCAGAGACUGUUACUGAGCCUGAAGCGACUGUGGAGGAGACAGUGGUGCCUGCUGCUGCCCCUAUCCCUGAGCCAUUGGCUGAAACAGCUGUAGAGCCAGUGCUGGAGCAAGCCCCAGAGCCAGUACCAGAACUACAGCAGGAGCCAGAGCCAGUGAAAGCUCCCAAGCUGGAACCCGAACCAGAGCAAGCCCCAGCUCCAGAGAAAGUACCAGAGCAAGAGCUAGAGCAGGAACCAGAGCUAGAACAAUCACCCGAGCCCGCAGAACCAGAGAAAGUACUACAACCAGAGCCUGAGCAAGAGGCUCUCCCAGUGGAACCAGCAGCAGAGGAACAAGUAGAAGACACUGAGCCAGAACCGAUCGUAGCCUCUCAGACUGUGGAGGUAGAAGUACCUGCGAUCUUGGAGACUGCAGCAGAGGAGAUUCCCGCAGCUCAGCCACACGCAGCAGAACCCAUCCCUGAGAUCUUCAUCUCAGAGUCUGUAUCUGCCAGCGAUAUCACUGUUGAGUCUGAAAAGGUCGCUGAAGCCUCUGUGGAAGAGCUGCCAAGCCCUGAGCCUGAGGUCGAAAGCAAGAUGGAGAACGGAGAUCUAGAGAGCCCUUCUGUCCCUGCAAUUCCAGCUGUGAAUGGAGAGUGCACAGAUUCCGCUGCCACUACUGUCACGCCGACAGAGGAGUGUGUUAACGGAAGUGACGAGCCAGAGGAGAUGCCUAUCAAGGAGAAGAGUGACUUUGAACUGAAAAAGGACAUGAACCUGAGCGGGGAUGUCCAGGAAGUUCCCGACGCAGUGUCCGACAUGGUGGAGGGUCUCGGCACCGAGGUCACCCAGGCGGUCUGAGGGGACGCCGCCAUUCAAGUCAAUGUGAAUUCAGUUUUAAUCCUCCGAUGGUGCGGAAGAGUCAUCAAGGUAUCACGAACACAGCUAGGCUUUCUGAAACGCCGUAACCACCGCAAUGUCUAUAGUGGUAACUCAGGCAAAAGGAUGUUUCCUUUGAGUGACCAAAAACGAAAUGCAACCACUUUAAGGUUAAAAGAGAGGGAGGGAGGGAGGUAGAGAGCGAUAGAGAGACAGAGGGGGAGAUAGCGGUUGAGAUGGAAUGCAGACUUUGAGUUUUGGAUUUGAACGAUGAGUGCAGACAGACAGGGAAACUUUGACAGAAGAGUGAAGAUACUGGACAGUAACGACGAUAUUAAUGAAUGAAAUGAAUAAAUCUGUGUUUAUGUGUGAGCCAAGUGAAUAUUACAAAGUGGUUUAUCGGAACAGCAUUCAUUAUUAUUAUUAGUAUAUUAUCUGAUUUAGAAUUUCAUAUAUCCUUUCUAUUACUACGCGGAGAGACAUGACAACAAAUGUUUUUGGCCUUUUAUAAUAAUGGUACCUGUGAGAACUGUUAAUUUCAAGCUGAUUGUUCAGAAUAGAGAAUAAAGAGAGAUUGUUAUAGCCCA